AUGAAUGAUCUAGCCUCAAGAAUAUCAAGGUAUGAGUCAUUGGAUUUAGAGUCAUACUUGAACAACACAAUACAGAGAUACGAAGAGUUCAUACUUGAAGCCGAAAAGCACAAGGCAGCCAAAGUUCAUCACGAAAUAGACACUGAGAUACUGAAGAUAUUUCUAGUUAAUAGCAAUUCCCUGCUUGAUAUCCUUGAUGCAUAUGAGGAGUCGUAUAUGGUCAUUUCAAGCAUGAUUGACUUGUCAAAACAACUCCUCAGGUCCCGCCUGAGCAUAUGCGAGGAAGAUGCAAUUGUUGACAAGGAACAGGUCAGCAAGUUCAGGGCUAUUCUUGAGAAUUUUAGUGAGGAUGCAGUUGUGUUUGCCACUGAUGAGCGAUUCCUUGUUCAUUUCAGCACAUUCAAGGAAAAGUGUGGGGAGAAGUGCAUAUUGGUUCUUACGAACGACAUUCUUCUAAUAGGUAUACUACAGCAGGGACUCAAGAAAUACAAACUGCUGAAUGCAUACAGUUAUGCAAUUGUACGCAUGGAUAUCAGGGGGAGUACACUUAGAGUGAAGGUGGAUCCUACAAUAUACGAGUUCAGCAGCAGUAUGAAAAGUGUCGAAAAGACAUUCAGGGUUUUUGAGGAACUAACAUACAAGUAUAAAAAGAAGCAUGAAGACACGAUUAGAACAGUCAUUGACAAAGACAUGAUCGAAUAUCUGGCAUUUACAGAGCAGUAUGAGCUUCUGAGGCCGGGCGAGCUUGCUGAAGGCUGUCCUAAGAAGAUGAUGUUUUAUAGCAAGCAAGAGAUUGUGAAAUAUCUUUCCGUACUUGCUGAGUCCAAAGACGAUGCAUCGGCAUGCUUGUAUUCCUUUCUUGAAAGCAGGUUCAAGGAUGGAAUACGGAAGAUCAACCAAAUACAAACUCUUGAUGGGUUAAUUGCAGAUGUGUUUGCAUACUUCAGGGAGUUUUUUGAUGAGCAAGAUGCACUUGUACGGGAUUUGGAAACAGUUUCGAGCAUAAGGAGAAGCGGAAUCACAUUGCUGAUAGAAAGACAGCUGCUUGAGUGCUUCAAUGCAUUUGAGCACAGAAUAUUCAACAAAUCACUCGAUUCAAGCCAAUCAGGGCAUUACAUAGAACUUAUCAUGCAGAACCUUAAAUUCUCAGGAUGUAACUUCUGCUACCUCAUGGAUAGCUUUAUUCAGAAAAAUGAAGACCAUAAGCUACGAUGCAUAGACAAUGCAAUGAAGGAAAUAGAAAAAAUCAUUAGAUCAAUAAAAAUGGAAUAA